CUUUUCUGGACCUGACUGGCCCCAGUGAGAUCAAAGGCGUAUGGAAGGGAUCUACCACCUUGCCCUGUGUCUAUGUGCCUGUGGAGAACUUCGUGCAGCAAAUGCUCAAGUGGACUGUGGUGCACGACCAGAGCUCUGGCACUGUCUUUCGGAGGGAUGGCUCUGGCGACCACAUUCUCCUGUCUGAGUACAGGGGCAGGGUCAGUGUCCGGAAGGACACCCCAGGGGACGUGUCUCUCCACAUCCUGAACCUGGAAAUCUCUGACAGGGGAACCUACACCUGCCAGGUCACCUGGAGAGCCAGCAACAACAGCCUGAUAACAAAAGAGAUCACCAGUAAAGUGGAGGUUGUUAAAGUGGCAGUGACCAAGCCUGUCAUCAGGGCCGGCGAGCUGGGGCUGACGGUCCCGGCAGGAGCCAGGACCAGCCUGACCUGUGUGGCCAGCGGGUCCCCCCCCAUCAGCUACCGCUGGUUCAGGGGCACCCCAGGAGGGAAGGGCCUGCUCCUGAGCAGCCAGGCCGAGCUGGCGUGGGACAGCCUGCAGCCCUCCGACGCCGGGAAGUACUACUGUGAGGCAGAAAACAGGGUUGGGGCCGGGGCUGUGCAGCAGAGCGACGCCGUUGAGCUGACCGUGACAGAUCUGCCCACAACAACCGCGACCUCUCAGAGGGAUGUGGGGACCUCGGGGAGACACCACAUGACCACAGGUUCCUUAGGUGGCCCCAAACUGAUCCUCUCUAACCACGGGCAGCUCUCCAUUCUCCCACUCUCUGACCUUGCCUUCUGUGACUUGGGG